UUAAAACAAUCAAAGAUGCCAAAAACCAAAGUCAUUUGAGAAGCCACUAUCCAAACAAAGCUGUGUUUUUGGAGUUCGUAUACCGUACAUCCGGCUGUACCUAAAAUUAGGUACAGCCGGCCCACUUAACCAUUAAAACGCAAGCCCAUUUAUGGAUCAGGCCCAAAAAUUUUCAUUUGCCUAUACCCGUGAUUUCCAAAUCAUCCCCCACCAUCAAAAUUCAAACACAUUCUCAAUCGAAGCGUUUCCUGCACAACGUCUGCGCUCGAAGCUAGUCUGCGGCACAACAUCACUGCGCUCGGAGGAAGAUGAGCAUGCAGAAGAAAAAAAUUGCAGAAGCUUCUUCUUCAUUGAGUAAAAAAGCCAUCACGGAAAUCCCUGUACUACGUGAAGAACAAAGCAUUUUUACUAAAGUAAAUCUGAGGAAAAGGAAAGGGACUGAGAAGGAACCAAUGUUUGGGAGAAAAAUGCAACUGAGAAAGGGGAGAAAGAAAGGGAUACUGGGAGAAAAUGCUGAGCAGGAAAAGAAUCAGACUCAAGAAGAUCCAAUUUCACAAGAAGAUGAAAUGCCGAGCAUUGAAAAGAUUGACCAAUUAAACGGUGACAAGUUUUUGGUGGCAGAAGUUGAGCUCGAAGGAAACACUGAUCAAAGGACUUCGAGAGAUGAGCUAAACACUGACCAAGAAAAUGGUGAAGAUGAAGUAAACACUGAACAAGAGUGUAGUGAAGAAGAAGAAUCUGCUAGGAAGAAGAAAAAUGCAACAGUGGAAGGAGAAGGUAAGAUGCAAUACAAAGAGAGAGAGAAAAAUAAACAAAGAAAGAGAAAGAAGCGGGUGCGGGGAGAAGAAGGAGAACUGAAUAAGAUUGGUGUGAAGUCCAUAAAGACAAGGAUGUCACCGAAAACAAUAACUGAACUGUUAAAAAAUCUGAGUGAAGAACAAAAAGAGGAUGUUAGGGAAAUGGGGUUUGGUAGCUUGUUACAGUUGGAUAUCACGCAUCUUCCUCUGCAGUUAGGUUACUGGCUGGUGGAAAAUUUUGAUACCAGAAGUGUUUCGCUGAAGUUGCCAAGUAAAAAAGAGAUUCACAUUGAUGAGACUUCCAUUCAUAGCACCAUCGGUUUCCCAAUGGGAGGAGAAAGUGUGAUGAAACAGAAUGGAGAUAAAUCUGAAGAAGCAAGAGAAGUGAUGAGAGCUUGGAAGUUACAAUUCCCAGUUCAGAAAGGGACAGUUAGAAUAGCAGAUGUGAGAAAAAGUGUUGAAGAGAAUAAGGGAGGAGGAGAAAUGUUCAAAAGGAAUUUAAUGGUAUUGAUUGUCAGUUUUCUAAUUGAAGGGAAGCAGAAUUGUUCAGCAGCACACAAAAUUGUGAAUGCUUUGGUAAACGUGUCUGAAAUAAAAAACCUUAACUGGUGUUCUUAUACCUUGGAGAGUUUGAUAGAGGCAACAGAUUAUUGGAAAGCCAACAAAAGCAGAUUCUUUGGAGGGCCAUUGCUGUUUUUAAUUGUUUUCUAUGUCGACAAUGUCAUUUUCAAAAGCAGAAGAGUUCAAAGGCAGUUCCCCUCUUUCGUUGGGUGGAACGCAAGACUACUUUGGGAACGAGAAAGGGCUGAAAAAAAGAGCGGAGGAUAUGGUUACGGGUACAUUGAUGUGCCCAAUGUUGAAAAGAUUGCACUGACAAGUCCAAAUCUCAACAACGAAAGUCAGACAAACCAAAGUGAUGGUGGAAAUCAAGAUGAAUUACAUGUUCAGAAAGAAAAAAUUGAUGUUAUAAAAGCAUUUGCUUCAGCCACAAAGAAUUUGGCAGAAGCAAUAUCUACAUUUGAUGAGAAGCUUCGAGCAGCUGUUCAAGUGUUGCCAAAUGAUGAAGCAAUGAAAAUGCUAGUAGAGAGGGUUUAUAAUCUGCUGGAUGGUUAUUCAAAAGAGAAUGUGCAAGAAGAAGAGAAAGAAAGCACAAGAGAAGAAGAAAAGGAAUGGACUUUUAGUCAAGAUGAUGAAUAUUGGAGAAGUGAAGAAGUGAUGAAGGCUAUUGAUGCUAUAGAAAAAGCACAAAAAAGGCGACAAGAGAGAGCACAGUGUGAUGGGCCAACAUUUAGGCUACUUUCACAAGAAAGCCAAGAGAGACGUGAUAAUGAGAUGGUUCAUGAUUGGAGGGUGGCAGCUGAUCAUGUGGGAGGUGUGACAGAAAAUGCAGAAAAGGAGAGUGAUUGGGGGGGAGCAGAUGUGGGAGGUGUGAUAGAAGAAAAUAUUGAGUUGGAAGCAAAUGUUGGAGAUGAAGGACAAGUGACAGAACCUACACACACAGAGAAUGGAGAGUUGCAAGCAGAUGUGGCAGAUGUGGCCAAUGUAAAAAAAGUUCCAAGUGAAGACCAGAUUCUUGACAUGGCAGUGGAGAAAAACAAUAGAGAAGUUGAGCUGAAUAAAAAAGGCAAUCAAGAUGAAUGUCCAGAAAGAAUUGCAGAACGACAAAAGGGAAGAAAGAGAGAUGUUGCACUUUCAGCUGCACUAAGGUCGCCAUUCAUGAAUAGAAUUGUAGACAUAAGGUCUGCCUUGACAAUUGAAGAGAGAAUGGUGGAAGCGUUCACAUUUUCAGCAGACAGUGAUGAUAAUGUGCUAUACAAGGAAGGUGACAGAGCAAUCAAGAAAGGGCACUUCCAAAGCUUGAAACUGAACUCAGCUGUUUCUUUUGAAAUCAUAGAUUUGUGGACUGAUAUUCUUAACCACAAAGAGAAGUUCAAAAGCAAUGACUCAUCAGCCAUAGUGUUCUUCCCAACGAAAAUUUGUGAUGUGUUGGAUUACAAUGUUGGAAGUUCAGCAACAACACGAAACAAAAACUUUGUGGAGAGUAUGGAGAAAAUGUGUCCAAUGUCAAUAAACAGGGAAAAAAAAGAUCCAAGAGCAACGGAAGUACAGAAGCUGAAAACAGAGCGCUUAGAUGUGGGACUGAAUGUAAUGAAAAGUCAUACAGACUCAGGAGUCUUUGCUAUGAGAUUCAUGGAGACAUAUAAAGGGGAAGCAGAAUGGGAUUGUGGGCUUGAAAACAUAAAUGAAAAGCUGAUGCAAAAGUUGAGGACAAGAUACUUGAAUGAGAUGCUGACAUUUGAAAAGAAUGAGAUGAAGGAGGAAGUGGUGAAGAAAAUCAAAUCUGGACUAAUUGCUCAAAGGGAAAUCAAGAAAGCAGCUAGGGGGAAAUAGGAGGAAAAAAACAAAUGUUGAAACCUGAU